AUGGGUUCCUGCUCCGGCCGCUGUACGCUCAUCGUCCUCUGCACCUUCCAGCUGGCCACCGCCCUUGAGAGACAGGUGUUUGAUUUCCUGGGUUACCAGUGGGCGCCCAUCCUGGCCAACUUCAUCCACAUCGUUGUCAUCAUCCUGGGGCUCUUCGGCACCAUCCAGUACCGGCCGCGCUACAUUGUGGUGUAUGCUGUGUGGGCAGCUGUCUGGGUCACCUGGAACGUCUUCCUAAUCUGCUACUACCUGGAAGUGGGAGGCCUCUCGAAGGACAGCGAGCUCCUGACCUUCAACCUCUCCCGGCACCGCUCCUGGUGGCGCGAGCAUGGACUGGGGUGUCUGCGUGAGGAGAUGCCCGCAGCCAGCCUUGGGGUCCCGCACAGCCAGGCCCCGGUGUUGGGUGCCAGCUGCACCCUGGAGCACACCUAUGUGGAGGCCCUGCACAGCAGCCUGCAGAUCCUGCUGGCGCUCGUGGGCUUCAUCUACAGCUGCUACGUGGUCAGUGUGUUCACAGAGGAAGAGGACAGCUUUGAUUUCAUUGGUGGAUUUGAUCCAUUUCCUCUCUACCAUGUCAAUGAAAAGCCUUCCAGCCUCUUGUCCAAGCAGGCAUACUUGUAA